AUGAUAAUUCUAAAAGAGUUGGCCGGUGGAGAGCAACAUGUUGGUAUAACUGAGGACCGUUGCAGGAAUAUGUUUAAGACCAAGCGUAGAAAGUCUAUAGGGGUUGACUGUCAACAAGCCAUCAAUUAUUUAGAUAGAAAGCAUGCUACAGAUGCGGGGUUCUUUUAUGCAAUCCGUGUCAACGAGGAGCAACAGUUGACAGGGAUUUUUUGGAUAGAUAGUCGUGCACGAGAACAAUAUAAGAAGUUUAGUGAUGUAAUUGUGUUUGACACAACUUACAAUAAAAAUAAGUACAAGUUUCCAUUUGCUCCAUUUACUGGUGCUAACCAUCACAUGCAGUGUAUAUUGUUCGGUUGUGGCUUGAUAGCCGAUAAAACGAAGGAUUCAUUCAUAUGGCUUUUUCAGACAUGGCUUCAAGCAAUGCACAACAUUCAUCCAAAGGCAAUAUUCACUGACGAAGAUCCAGGGAUAAUGAGUACUAUCCAGCAUGUAUUUCCAUCUACUGUCCAUCGGCUAUGUGGAUGGCAUUUGGAGAAGCAUAGGAUCAUUCACAUGAGGCCUUUAUUUAAGAAAUAUACAGAUUUGAAAGUAGUAUAUAAGAGCUGCAUUAAUGAUUCAAAAUCACCAUUUGAAUUUGAGACGAGAUGGCUUAGUAUGAUUCAGAGGUAUAAUUUAAAGGAGCAUAAGUGGUUGAGGAGGCAAUACAAAAUACGCAUGCAUUGGGUGUCAUGUUAUUUUGUUGAUACUUUUUUUGCCGGUAUGAGCACGACACAAAGAGCGGAAUCAAUGAACAAUUACUUUAAAGGUUUCUUCACACCUUCCACCCCAAUUAAUGAAUUUGUGACACAAUAUGAAGAGGCUAUUAAGAAAAUACGGGAAAAAGAAGCUAAGGCAGACUUUGGUUGCAUCACCUCAACUCCUUCUUGUCGUACAUCCCAUAAUAUUGAGAAGCAAGCCGCAAAUGUUUAUACGGCAAAGGUGUUCAGGGUUUUCACGGAGGAGUGGUAUGCAUGUUUUGGUCUUGGGCUUAGGCAGUGUGAUUGGGAAAUCUCAGUUAAGAGGUACGAGGUGUUUUUGUUGGAUAGGGAUCAAGAGAAUAACGUGAACUAUGUGCUAGACAACCAAGAGGCCGAAAUUACCACUUGUGAUUGCAAGAUGUUCGAGCAGAAAGGCUUACUCUAG